AUGCCUCACGCAGCGCUUACACGCGAGUCGGUUGCUUCGCAUAACAAGCCUGAUGACCUGUGGUGCAUCAUUGACCACAAGGUGUACGACCUCAGCGAAUUCGUCGAUGCGCACCCCGGUGGCUCGGUCGUGCUCGAGCAGGUAGCAGGCCAAGAUGCCACGACCGCCUUUUACAACUUGCACCGGCAGGAGGUGCUCGAGAAGUACAGCGAGCUCUGCAUUGGCACUAUUGAAGGCGAAAAGUCAGAGGUCCUCAUCCAGAAGCCUGGCGAGCUGAGCCCAGUACCGUAUGCAGAGCCGCUGUGGCUACGACCGCAGUUCAAGAGUCCGUACUUUAACGAGAGCCACCGCGCGUUGCAGAGAGAGAUUCGCAAGUUCGUCGACACACAUAUUACGCCCGAGGCGCAGCAAAAGGAGAAGGACGGCACGUAUAUUAGCCAGGAGCUGAUUGACAAGAUGGCGGCAAACGACAUGCUGGCCAUGCGUCUGGGACCUGGAAAGCAUCUGCACGGCAAGAAUCUGCUGGGCGUAGUUAAAGGCGAGGAGUUUGACUAUCUCCACGAUCUCGUGCAGGCGCAGGAAGGCGUGCGUGCGAAUGCACGUGGGUUCCAGGACGGAAACAUGUCGGGCAUGACGAUCAGUCUGACGGCUGUGCUGCAGUGGAUGCCCGAGUCGGAGCUCAAGACGCGCGUGGUGAAUGAGGUGUUGAGUGGAAAGAAGAAGAUGUGCCUGGCGAUUACCGAGGCGUUUGCUGGGUCGGAUGUCGCUGGUAUCAGGACGACGGCGACCAAGACGGCAGACGGUAAGCACUACAUUGUGCGGGGCACUAAGAAAUGGAUCACCAACGGCAUGUUCAGCGACUAUUUUGUCGUCGGGUGCCGGACGGAUAAGGGCUUUUCUGUGCUGCUCGUGGAGCGGGAUGCGGCGGUUGAGACGAAGCUGAUCAAGACGAGCUACUCGACGACGGCGGGCACGGCAUUUGUCGAGUUCAACGAUGCAAAGGUGCCGGUGGAGCACUUGCUGGGCGAGGAGCACAAGGGCUUCAUUGUGAUUAUGAGCAAUUUCAACCACGAGCGCUUCAUGAUGGCUUGUGCCGUGAUCCGGCAGUCGCGAACCGUGGUCGAGGAAUGUCUCAAGUGGUGCAACCAACGCAUCGUUUUUGGCAAAAAGCUCAUUGAGCAGCCCGCUAUCCGGCAAAAACUUGCCAAAAUGAUUUCGCACGUCGAGGCCAACCAGGCUUGGCUCGAGUCGAUUGCGUAUCAGAUGACGCACAUGUCGUACGCGCAGCAAUCCAAGCUGCUGGGCGGGCCGAUUGGUCUGCUCAAGUCGUAUGCUACACGGUCGGCGCACGAGAUUGCCGAUGAGGCCGUCAACAUUUUCGGCGGCAGAGGACUCACGCAGAGCGGCAUGGGACGGGUGAUUGAGCAGUUCCACCGCACGUACAAGUUUGAUGCCAUUUUGGGCGGCACCGAGGAGAUUUUGGGCGAUCUGGGCGUUCGACAGGCCAUGAAGAACUUCCCAAAGAGCAUGUUGUAG